AUGUCUGAAAACUUCACCUCUGAAACCAUUGCCUCCUUUGACCCUCCCGGGUUUCCCGUCCAAGAUGACAAGCUCACGGACAAACAAAAACAAGAGUGGUCCGACACCAUCUCGUUUUGGAUAAACCAGGAGAUCAACGCUGGUUAUACGGACGAGGACGGUGUUUUCCAGCCGCUGCAAGCAGGCAAGGAGGGCGCUGUUUUCAACCGUACACCGCUGACUCAAUUCUUCAACGGUCGGCUCACUCCAUUCAAUGUCAGCCAGAAGCCAACAGCCAUCACCUGGUCUGGCUUCCCACGAUUGGUCGAGAUUAAGUGGCAGGAUCAAGUGGACCGAUGGAAGGACGCAGAUGCCAACCGUGAUCUCCACGACGAGUACCUUGAAUGGACCGUGAAGAAGAACGAAGAUGGUGAUAUCACUUCUGUGACGUUUACUUGCGAAGGCCCUGAGUACUGGGAUUUCCUGGCCAAACAUGACCAAGACAAGCUGCUGUCAAUUUAUAAAGCAUGCAACCCAGAGUACGCUGACAAGAUCAACCUCAAGGACAUGCUGGACAGCAAGGGCAACUACAACCCCUACAACCAAUGGAAUGGCAUCAAGAAUCUUAAAGUCCCUGGGGACCCUGGCGAAGGCUUCGAGACCACCAACCCAGGCUGCAUCAUGCAUCUCGCGCAAGCCAACAACACCCUGGGAGCUGAGGUUGAUAUCGCAGCCCAGGCGACUGUCCUUCGCAAAGACUCAGAUGGAAACGACAUCACCGAUCAAACCAAGCUCUGCAACUGUUCCAAGUAUGGCCAACCCCAGAGACACUCAGACCCUCAGAUCGGAGUCUCCAUCAACGGGCUUGCUCGCGACGGCAAUAGAGUUUCGAUUGCGAACCCCGUGGGCAUCUACAUGUACUCGUUCGAAUCCAAGAAAUUCAAGCUUGAGGACGGGUCAGGGGAGCUCAAGCCCGUUCCGACUGGGACCUUUACUUGGGUGAGAGGCGAUAUCCGCAAGCACAUGGGCCUGCGACUGCACAUCGAGGUUCCCAAGGGCACCAUUGGUACAGGCGACAAAGAAGGGAAGCAACUAACCGUCUUCGACAUUGUCGACGGGAAGGAGCAGAACAUCAUAUACGGUGGUCAGUUUGCUGAUGCCAUCAUGAUGUGUGUCAACGGCGUCACGAUUUCUGGCGGUGAGCCAGCUCCUGCUGAGCCCUGCCCAUGCGGAUCCAAGGCACCGGAUGAUGGGCGUUCACGGGUGGCCAUGCUGGCUACUGCUUCAAGCAAAGAGAAGAGUGUUCAGGGUCGGCUACCCUUGAUCAAGACCAGGUAUUAG